AUGGGAGGAAAGGUGGAUUUUUCUGUCAACAAAACAAAGGGACCUAGAACGUUCAGAUUGUAUGGGCAAAAUUAUCAUCAGAUUGGAAGCUUAUUGCCUCCGGAGGGAUCUUCUCCAAAAUUUGCACAAUUGUAUAUCUAUGAUACAGAAAAUGAGGUGGAAAAUAGAAUUUCUCCAAUCAGCCGUGGUGAAAUGAACAAUCAACUUCAUGCUGAAAUUGGGAAUGAGUUGAAGCAAAUGCUUGAUGACAAAAAUAUUCUUGCAAAGUCAUUUAGAAUGGUAAGAGAUCAAUUUCAAACAGACCGGACCUCAAAUGUUAGACUUAGAUUGAUAGGGAAAAGAGGCUCUGAUGGAAGAAGAUACAAUUUACCAACAGUUUCAGAGGUAGCUGCUUUGAUCGUUGGAGAUUUUGAACAAACAAGGUCUGACAGAGAUAUCAUAGUUGAAAGCCAAUCUGGACAACUACAAAGGGUAAAUGAAUUAAAUGCAGCAUACUUAGGUUUGCAAUAUCCAUUACUAUUUCCGUAUGGUGAAGACGGAUACCGAGAAGAUAUUCCUUUAAAUGAUAUUGAUGAUUCGACCAGUUGA